CAAUAGACCUUUGUCGCCAAUCUUCUUAAUCCAAAAGGUCCAAGCAAAGGGCAGUGUCAAGAAACCAUUUUCACGAAGGAAGUUUUCUUCUUUGAUCUUCGCUUCUAUUUUGAGUGAUCGAAGGGAGAAAAUGGUGAGGCCUCCUUGUUGUGAGAAAGGGGGAGUGAAGAAAGGGCCGUGGACUCCUGAAGAAGACAUCAUUUUGGUCACUUACAUUCAAGAACAUGGUCCUGGCAACUGGAGAGCUGUUCCCGUCAACACUGGGUUACUUAGAUGCAGCAAAAGUUGCAGGCUUAGAUGGACAAACUAUUUAAGGCCAGGGAUCAAAAGAGGCAAUUUCACGCAACAUGAAGAAAAGAUGAUCAUCCAUCUCCAAGCCCUCCUAGGCAACAGAUGGGCUGCGAUAGCGUCAUAUCUUCCACAGAGAACAGACAACGACAUCAAGAACUAUUGGAAUACCCAUCUGAAGAAGAAGCUCAACAAAAUCCGACAAACUCCUCAAGAACUCGACCGGUCCAAUAAAGACCGUUUCUCCUCAUCUUCUUCGCCUUCGUCUUCCUCUGCUAACUCAAAUUCGAACAUCUCGAGAGGCCAAUGGGAGAGGCGCCUUCAAACCGACAUCCACACGGCGAGAAAGGCUCUCUACGAGGCCUUGUCCCCCGCCGUACCCAUCUCUGCCGUUGCUACUGCCACUUCUUCCUCCUCGGAAUCUAAACACUCUAAUUCAGCCAGCGGGUUUCUUUGUACGCAAGAAAGAUCAAGCACAUACGCCUCGAGCACCGAGAACAUUGCCAAGCUGCUCAAAGGGUGGGUCAAGAACUCAACCAAGACCCAGAAUGCUCCGAGCCAAAUUGCUUCGAGCGAUUUCGACUCCAAAGAGGAGAUCAAGAACGAAGCCGGGGCCGAAUGCAGAGGGGCAUUUCAGUCAUUUCCAGGGCUGGAACCUUACCAGUCUGCAGUUUCGCCCGAUGAAACCAAACCAAUCCAAAGCCAGUGGUCUCUGUUCGAGAAGUGGCUGUUUGAGGAUUCUGGUGGAGGGAUCGGCGAUAUUCUGUUUGAAGAAAACCCUAAUUUCUUCUGAGAGCUUGGUCAACCUCGGAUCUAAUUUAAAUUAGGGUUCCUUUUCUUGGUUCUGGUUUCUGAAAUUAACUCUGCUAGAUCGUCUUUUGGGUUCAAUCGUCAAUAAUUUUACUGUUUUUCGUCCGAUGUGGGGGUUCUUUUACAGCGGGAUUGAGAAAGCUAAGGGAGAGGAAUACAUUAUUGUAAAUUCCUA